AUGUCGCAGCGAAAAGACUUUGCUCCAAGAAACAGGCAUGGUGGCGGAUAUGGCGGCUCACAGGGCGGAUUCAGAGGCCGCAGUGGUUUCCGCAACAACUUCCAAAGAUCAGAUUCUGGUGGAAGGAUGGGGAAGCCCAAGUGGGAAAUGUCUUCCAUGCAUGCCCUUGAAAAGAAAAACUUCUUUGAGGCGCUGCCAAAGUUUGAAAAGAACUUCUACGUGGAGCAUCCAGCAGUAACCAGCAGAUCUCAGGAUGAAGUAAAAAUGUUCCAUGAUGACAAACAGAUCACCGUGUGUGGAACUGAUGUUCCUAAUCCAAUCUUCACUUUUGAAGAGGGCAAUUUCCCAGACUACAUCAUGGACCACAUCAAGAAGACCAGCUGGCUGACCCCCACAGCCAUACAGUGUCAGGCCUGGCCGAUUGCACUGUCUGGGAGGAACUUGGUUGGAAUUGCACAGACUGGAUCUGGGAAAACUUUAGGGUUUAUGCUGCCUGCUAUUAUUCAUGUGAACCACCAGCCUUAUCUGCAACGUGGUGAUGGACCCAUCGUGCUUGUCCUUGUACCCACAAGGGAGCUGGCCCAGCAGGUGCUAGAGCUGGCUAAUGCCUUUGGUGAAGUGUCUAGGAUCCGAACAGCUUGUGUCUAUGGUGGUUCUCCUAAGGGUCCACAACUGCGGGAUCUUGAAAGAGGUGCUGAAAUUUGUAUUGCAACUCCAGGCCGCUUGAUUGAUUUUCUAGCUGCCAAUAAAAUGAAUCUCAGGCGUACCACGUAUCUCAUCUUGGAUGAGGCUGACAGGAUGUUGGACAUGGGGUUCGAACCUCAGAUUAGGAAGAUUUUGGAGCAAGUCAGGCCAGAUCGGCAGACACAGAUGUGGAGUGCUACUUGGCCAAAGGAAGUUCGCCAGCUGGCAGAGGAAUUUUUGAACGACUACAUCCAGGUGAACACUGGGGCUCUGCAGCUGACAGCCAAUCACAACAUCCUGCAGAUUGUUGACGUCUGCAUGCACUAUGAAAAGGAUGAGAAACUUGCUAAAUUGUUGAAUGAGAUCAUGCAAGAGAAGGAGAACAAGACAAUUAUAUUUGUGGAAACAAAACGAAAGGCAGACGAAAUAGCCAAGAGAAUGAAGAGUGAUGGAUGGCCUGCCCUUUGUAUCCAUGGAGACAAGUCACAAGAAGAUCGAGACUGGGCACUUAAUAAUUUUCGCAGUGGCAGAACUCCAAUACUGAUUGCUACAGACAUUGCUUCACGAGGUUUGGAUGUUGAAGACAUCAAGUUUGUCAUCAAUUAUGACUUUCCCAACUGCUCUGAGGAUUAUGUGCACAGGAUUGGGCGUACGGGCCGUGCCACCAAUACAGGGACAGCGUACACUUUCUUCACCAAACGCAAUGCCAAACAGGCUUCAGAUCUUGUGAAUGUUCUGCGGGAGGCCAAGCAGAUCAUUAAUCCAAAACUGCUCGAAUUGGAAGAAGACAGCCAAUACCUGAGAGCAGGUAAUAACCGUUGGAAAGGUUCCGACCGCGGAAGCCAUGGUGGUAAAGGUGGAGGUAAUUUCCAUGGGGUUCCAACUAGCUUUUCUAGUGGCAGAAAUCGUGACAGCUUCAGUUAUCAAAACAACAAGAGCAAUGAUGACUUCAAAUCAAAGAACUACAACUCCUCACAGAAUAACUACAGCAGUAGCGGAUACAAAGCACAUGAUGAGUACAACAGCUCCAGCAGCUACAGUUCAUCGCAGAGCAAACCAUUUCAGAAUGGACCCUCUGGUGGAGGGUUCACUGGACAGUGGAACCAAAUGGGAGUUACUGCGUCAUCUUUGUCUGCCUUUCUACCACAUUCUGGUAGAUUCUAG